UAUAAAUUUGAAGCAAAACGUCUUUCGAAAAGGGCAAGAACGAAAUUCGAGAUGAAUGUAAUUGUUUUGGAACAGCUGCGUUUAAGAUAUUUCAAAACUACUCGACGAAUGCGUUGAGCCUUCUAAGCAACAGAAGACUUGUGGGGGAACCGAGCCGUAACGAGAAGUUUUAACUAAAGGGAUUAACUAAACGAAGUUUCCACCAAACAAAAGGAAAGUUUCUCAUAUCAUUUUAAGUUUUCGUAAUUAUUCUUAACACCAAAAAGCGACUAUUAGCCUUGUCGAUUCCCUCAUAGUGAAGGAAGCAUCAUCUGGUGACAUCUAGAUAUUUGUUUUGGAACUCAGGGCUAAUUUGCUACGCCGAGAUGGUAGAAAGUUGAUCUCUUGGAGCCUACUUACUGGAUACAGAUAACUCUCAGUCUUCUCCGGAAUCUUGGAACUGGCAGGACCAUCCGAAAUGUGAUUGUAGAUGUUGAUACUCUGAUACAGAGCCGUCUUCUGAAUCUUAGUAAGAUGCGUUUUUGGUGGCACCAGAUAGCAAUUCACCUUUCCGUGUGUCUCGAGGAUUUGAUAUUUCAUAUGUUUUUGAAAAAUUCAAAGUAAUUCUUCCUAACCAAUACGGCACAUUCCAGAAUAUAAAUUCCAUACAAGACCCUUCUUCUGUAGCAUGAAGAUUCUAUCUAUACCAACACCACGGCCCCAAAAGAUAACUCCAUAUCUUAGCAAGGAAUGAUAUAGGCAUUUAAUGCUGCUUCAAUGCCAGCUGAUUUGGAAAUAAUCCGAAUGGCAUAUAAGAAAUGACUGAUCUUGCCACCAAGGAUUGGGUUGGAUUCAAUAUGAUUGGUCCAAGACAGUCCAGGAUCCAUUUUCCAACCCAGAAACGAAAUCUCUUCAACGCUGGCAACAAUAUAAGUGUUUGCAAACAGACGCAGUUAAAGAUGCGUGUCUUAAUGAUUGGGUUAUUUGUUGCUUUUUUUAUAAAUUACUCUAAAGGCGAAAAUUGUGUUUUGGAUGGAGGUAAAUAUGAUAAAACAAUUAGUAUUUAUGAGAAAGUAAACGAGAACGAGGAAAUUUUUUUCACAAUAACCACCGAGAAUGUAGCGAGUGUUGAGGUAAACCCAAAUCAAGACAAUUUUUACGUUGACGUCGAAUAUCAAGAUAACAAAUUAACGUUUAAACCUUCGCAAGAAUUUGUAGAAUUUUUCGAAAUAAAUAGUAUACACACAACAAACCCUCGAGUAUCUACAAAAAUCAUUUUGACUUGUACUGAUGGAGAUAGCUACGAUGUGGAUUAUUACCAAAGUAUUAACGACGUCAACACAUUUGAACCAUUUUUUGAGAACACCACCUAUGAGUUUAUAGUUCCGAUGCCGAUCGGUGGGAAUGUAGACCUUACACUUUUCGGGGAAGCUUUUUUCGUGACAGAUUAUGAUAUUUCAAACGAAGGAAUCGAUUUUUUAAUUGAAGGGGAUAGUGCGGAUUCACUUGAAGUGGAAUACAUUGGACGAAUCGAUUCCACAGCUUCCGAUUGCGAACCAACCUCAUCGAUGGGUAAAAUGCAUAAAGGGGCUUUAAAAACAAAGAAUCCUUUAAGAUUGGCUAAAAGUACUACGUACACUCUUACUGCCACGGAUAAAGGACAACCGAAUACUAAAAGUGGUACAACAAUGGUUAAUAUCAUAAUCGAUGAUUCCGCAAGUCUUCCUCAUAGCCCUUCUUUUGAAUUUGGAUUUUAUGAGGCUGAUUACGAUACGAGUAAUGAAAAACAUAGUAUUAUUCAUAAAAAACCGAUUAAGGUAACUGAAGGGAUAAUAACUGAAAAUGUAAAGUUAAGUGGAGAUUACGCGGAAUAUUUCGACCACGUUAUUAAAGACGAUGUUUUGGAAAUUACCUUAAAUAGAAAUUUACCCCAAGAUGUAAUUAAUUUCCAAUCAUUUAUCGGGUUAAGUAUUACCGCAUCAAUUGAUUACGCCGAAGUUUCGGCGACUACAUCCUUAAUCAUCGCUUUGAGCGUACAAAAUAAUCUCAAUUUUCGCAAUGUCUAUUACGAAGCUUCUUAUUUCGAAGAAAAUGGUGAACCUAAAUUGACCACCGAUGUAAUAAUCGAGGUAAACGAAGGGGCGGAAAUUCAACUUCUUGGAGAUUACAAGGAUUAUUUCGUUUAUGAUAGUAACGAUAAAUCAAUUAAAGUGACUCAGAUUUUACCGAUAAAUUAUUUUAAGAAAUGGUAUAUUAAUGUUAUGAUUCAAGCAACGCAAGGAACAGCCAAAGCUGAAGCUGUUUUGGUUGUAUCACCAGUAGCUGUAAUUGCUUUUAAUGGGGUAUUAGUUUUUGAGGGUCAACCUAAUGAAGAUAUUACCGGGACAAUAAUAGCUAAAUCAUCUAUAGAAGAAGAUAUCAUAUUUAGUUUUACGGAAAAUGUAUCAGAAGAUUUACUUCAAUAUUUAUCAUUAACUGGGGAUGGAACCUUAAAAUCAAUGAAUUUGCCAACAGGUGCUUAUAACAUUGAAGUUUUAGCAACGGGAUUAAUAAGCAAAGCCACCGAAACUACUUUGAUAAAAAUUAGAAUUGGAGCUGGAUUAACAUGCCCUGAUGGCACCGUUUGGAAUCCUUACACAUUCCUCGCAGUUAAUAUCAAGGAAACUGAAGAAGAAUCCGUCGUUUUACCUCUAAAUGAGGGAAGUGAAUAUCAUUAUGAAAUUGUGGACAUCCAACCCAAUACAGACAGAUUCGAGUUGAAUGGAAAUGGUGAUGUUGUGGCUAAAUCAUUAGAUAGAGAAUCUGAUGAAUUUGGAUCUGGAAGAGCACAAUACAUCGCAAAAAUUAAUCUAAUUUCUAACGCAGUACAAAGACAUUUCUCUCCUAAGAGUACCUUAAAAACAUUAUUUGUCUUAAAAGAUGAAACUACAGCUGGUGAUGAUAAAUGUUAUUCAAUAAAUAAAAUUGGAAAUGAACCGAAUCAAAUUGUUAUUGGAAUUAGCGUUGAUGAUGCGAAUGAUAACAAACCAAUAUUUGAAAAGACGAAUGUUGUUGUUGGUUACCCCGAAUCGGAUUUGUUAAAAACUGUUUCACCUCCUUAUGUAAUUGUGGUAAAAGCAACCGAUAAAGAUAUUGGGGAUUACGCAUCAUUGAAAUAUUCAGUUACAAGCUCUAAAGUUGUGAUUGACGAAAAUACAGGGUAUAUUUAUCCAACUGAUGAUAUUUAUGAAAAUGACAAGGUCGUGGAAGUAACUGCAAAAGACGAUAAUGGAAACGGAAACGAAUCGGAGGAACCCUUAAGACUAACAAUAAAAAUUUUACAAAAAGAUCAUUUAUGUAUAUUGAAAUAUCAAGAUAAACAUUUAGAAGACCUCGAUGGCAUAAUGGAUAAUCUCGCAAAAUACGCCGAUGUUAGAUAUCUUUCAGCUUCAGUUCUUCCUAAUUCCAAAUCAAAUAGUAGAAAUUCAAAUGAUGUAUCAUUAAUGAUCACGGCAUACGCCUUUAAUAGUGGAACAGAAAAUCUUCUUACAGCGAAUGAAUUAAUCGAUAUAUUAGGAGAUGUUGAUGGAGUAUCCAUGGAACCUCUUCCAAAUCCAGGAGAAGAUUGCACUACACUAAAUCCCCAAGAAUGUACCACAGAAGCACCGAUUGAUUGUAAUUGCGACGACGAUGAAUGUUCUAAAGGAGGAUUAAUAGCCGGCGUAGUAGUUCUUGCAAUUUUAUUGGCUUUAUGUAUUGGAGGAUUUAUUGCGUUUUAUGUUUUAAAACUCAGAAAGUUAAAAUCUUAUAACCAAAUGAACGAAGAAGGGAGUCCAAAAGAUAUUAAAAAAACUACUGAAUUAGAAAGUCCGAGGUUUACGAAGAACCAAGCACAAAGUAUAAAACCUGAGAUGGAGAUAAACACAAGAAGACCUACAGGGUAUCUUUAUACGACAAAUUUGGAGGACGAAGAACCGUCAAGUCCGGUAUUACCCUCAGAAGUAGUUAAUAAUGGAUUGAGGGAACGACGCAAAUCUGUAGUGUUUAAUACUAACAUAGAGGAGGUUAAUAUCGAAAGGGAACCUGAAGAUGUAGAUAAAACGAGUCUCACCGAUGAUGAUGAUGGAAGUAGUAAAUUAUAAUCGAUAUAUCGCAAGAAUUAGGUUAUGACAAAUUCAUCAAAAGUUAGAUGUUAUUUUAGGACUUUUUUAAAAUUCAAGAUAGAGAAGGAAAAUGGAAUAAAUCUUUUCAAAUCAAUUCUCGAUGUAUCAGAACGCAACGAAUAAUAUUAAUACCCUUAAUAAACAUUUAAUAUCUAAAA